UUAGAUGCAUUUGCAUGUCCUCUCGAGUUCAAAGUUUAAGGUUUCUUCUUCUGUCUUCGCAUCUGUAGCAAGUGGGUUGAAUUUGUGGUUUGAGAUCUCCACUGGAAUUAAUUGAGUAGCAAAAGGGGUUUUCUAGGGUUUGGUUAGUGUGCUACUGUUUCUUCUUUCUCUGUGACAUGCUAUUACAAUUUGAGUUUGAUUAAAACAAAAAUAUGAAGAAUCAAAAUCUUUUUAACAUUCAGAAGUGUCCAAAUCUAGAGACUCUUGUCAUCGAUGGCCCAUUGCACUACGAUGAAGACCGACCUAAAUCUGUUUGCGACUGUUUAUCGGGAUAUUCUUUCUUAUUGUCAUGUCCUCUAGAGGUCCUACAGAUAACCGACUACAGUGGAACUACUGGAGAAGUGGAGCAACUGAAGCAUUUUCUAGAGAAACUGUCCUGUCUCAGAUUGGUGAAACUUCAUUGUCCGAAAAGACAUGGUGGCGACAAGAAAAAGUUAUUAAUGCUUCCCAGAGCUUCCUCUAAGUGCAAGAUCAAGGUCACGUUUUCUUAAAAGCUUUGCUCCUCCUAGUUGCAUCUAUCUGUUGUAUCUUUUUGGAUAGUGAACACUCUUACUCGCUUAUAUCCUCUGUUAAUCUUUUGUCGGAUUCUCCUUGUUGUCCUAGUUUGAACUUGUCAACUUUCUGGAGCCUCUUUUGAUUCGAUUUUCAUUUGUAAUUUGCUUUGAUGGAUUCUUAGGAUAAUGUAUAAUUAAACUCAGUAUGUAUAU